UAACAAGCUUAAUCGUUUCUGUUUGACUACACCCCCGUCCCACCGCGUCAAUCAAGUCUACUUCCCACCCCCGUUACUCCACCUGCCUUCCGUCAAACCGUGAACAAAGAGCGUCUCCGCCGCUCUGCUUCCCCAGCUGUUACGCUGGUGGGGUUUGGGGCCGUGAGAAAGAGGGAGAGCCGUUUCUGUUCCGCCCCCUCAAACCCAACAGACACUCCUAACAGGAGGCAGACGCGCCGGCUUUCUGACACCACUCACUGCGGAGAGGCUGAGCUGCACAGACCUCAACGAGUCCGAUCCGCUAACGAUCCACGAGUCACACACAAGGGCGAGCUGAGACAACUUUGGGAGUUUGGGACCUGCAGGAGCCAUCAUCUUCACCACUGCGUCUAACACUAGACUUCCAGGUAGACGUCCCAUCUGAACUUGCAGAUUACAGCCUUUCAGACACAUCAAAUCAGGAUUUUGUGGGGACGUCCACGAGGUGUCUGGAUCGACCAUGGUUCUCUGUGAGGAUGGCGAGUGUAGCGUCUGCCUGUUGCCCUACUCCCGGGUGGACAGGAUCCCCCGGGUGCUCCACUGCAGGCACACCUUCUGCGACAUGUGCCUGGAGAGGCUGUCACAGGUGAGGAGCGGGCUGCUCACCGUGGGCUGCCCUUUGUGUCGCAGGGUGACCUGCAUAGGCCGAGGCCGAGGCCUUCAAGAAGCUCUGUGGGUCAACAGCAAGCUGUGGGACCAGAUACCAGAGGAUGAGGACAUAAAGGAAGAAGAGGAAGAGGAGGAUGGAGAGAAGCAAACAGCUGCACAGGAGAGGACGGAAGCUAAACCGUUACAUGGAGAAUGCUUUUCCUCGAGAUCCACAAGAACGAAGCUCAAACUGCCCACGUUCUUCAGGAAGUUCAGUCUGACGAAGCAACACCAAGAGAGGAUCGUCCCCGGCAGCAAUGUGGAAAUGAAAUCCUGGCGCAGACUUUCCACAGAAGAGACUCUUUAAAGCCGCUCUCAGGACGAGAAGACUCGACUGAUGGGAAGCUGAGGCUGCUGAGGGACGAAAAUCCAUUUGUCAGGACAUGGUUUUGUCCUCAGCCAAACGUGCUCUGUCUCCCCAUUAUUUAUUCUAGGAUUAAUUCUCCCAGCCGGCGCUGUGGGAUUUAGUUCAGCUGUCCCAGAGGGGCUACCGCCCAUAGACCCCUCAGAACAGAUGGUCCCCUCUCCAUUUCAACUCCUAAACAGCCAUCAUAAGUUAUUGUUAUAGCGAGGAGAUAAAGUAUUUAAUAAAACUAUUUUUGAAA